CUCUUUUACCCCACGACGGCCAUCGGCAUCGCUUUUCCUUUCUUCUCUUCCUAUCUCCCUCUCUGUUGAAUCGCACCGCCGUGCCGUUAAGCGCUCCGUUGAGACAAAAAAUGGCGACCUCUCUCUCUUCCUCCCAAACUCUUCACACCCUUCUCUGCAAAAACCUCCCCGUUUCUCUAUCCUCUUCAUUUGUCUCAAUUCCCAAGCCUUUACCCUCUCUUCCCCACUGCCACCGUUUCCUUCCUCUGACCCACUUCACCAAUAAUCGCUUCCACUGCCACCGCCGUGGCUUUGUAGUCCGGGCCGACUCUAACAAUGGCAUCGAAGGUGUUCGACCUUAUGAUUUUGACCUCUUUACUAUCGGUGCGGGUAGUGGCGGUGUGAGAGCUUCCCGUUUUGCUGCUAAUUUUGGUGCCUCGGUGGCGGUUUGUGAGCUUCCUUUCUCAACCAUAUCGUCGGAUACCGCUGGAGGUGUUGGUGGGACGUGUGUUAUUCGUGGAUGUGUACCAAAAAAGCUACUUGUAUAUGCAUCAAAAUAUGCACAUGAAUUUGAAGAGAGUCAUGGCUUUGGAUGGAAAUAUGACACUGAACCAAAGCAUGACUUUAGCACCUUGAUUGCUAACAAGAAUGCUGAAUUAAAUCGACUAACUGGUAUCUACAAAAAUGUUCUGAAAAAUGCUGGUGUCACAUUGAUGGAAGGCCGUGGAAAGAUUGUGGACGAACACACUGUUCAUGUAGAUGGAAAACUUUAUUCAGCUAAGCACAUUCUAGUGUCAGUUGGGGGGCGCCCUUUCAUUCCCGACAUUCCUGGCAGUGAGUAUGCCAUAGAUUCUGAUGCUGCCCUUGAAUUGCCAUCCAAACCCGAGAAGAUUGCCAUAGUUGGAGGUGGAUAUAUUGCUUUAGAGUUUGCUGGUAUCUUUAAUGGUUUGAAAAGUGAAGUUCAUGUAUUUAUACGACAGAGUAAAGUGCUAAGAGGCUUUGAUGAAGAGAUUAGAGAUUUUAUUGGAGAACAGAUGUCUCUAAGAGGAAUUGAGUUCCAUACAGAGGAGUUACCACAAGCUAUCCUUAAAUCAGCAGAUGGGUCAUUAUCUCUGAAGACUAACAAAGGAACAGUUGAAGGCUUUUCACAUGUUAUGUUUGCAACAGGGCGCAGGCCUAAUACAAAGAAUUUGGGGUUGGAGGAAGUCGGAGUAAAAAUGACCAAAAAUGGAGCAAUUGAGGUUGAUGAAUACUCACGUACAUCAGUUCCUUCAAUUUGGGCUAUUGGAGAUGUUACAGAUCGAAUCAACCUGACUCCUGUUGCUUUAAUGGAGGGAGGAGCAUUAGCUAAAACUAUAUUUCAGAAUGAGCCUACAAAACCGAAUUAUAGUGCUGUUCCUUGUGCUGUUUUCUCUCAGCCGCCAAUUGGAACCGUCGGUCUUACUGAAGAGCAGGCCAUACAAAAACACGGUGAUGUCGACAUCUACACAGCCAACUUCCGGCCCUUAAAGGCUACACUCUCCGGGCUCCCUGACCGAGUUUUUAUGAAGCUUGUAGUCUGUGCAAAGACGAAUAAAGUUUUAGGAAUACACAUGUGUGGUGAUGAUUCACCAGAAAUUAUGCAGGGGUUUGCAGUGGCUGUGAAAGCGGGUCUGACCAAGGCAGACUUCGAUGCAACGGUGGGCAUUCAUCCUACAGCCGCUGAAGAAUUUGUCACAAUGCGGACUCCUACAAGGAAGAUUCGGAGAAGUCCCGAGGAAAAGUCAGAUUCUGAGGCUAAAGCUGCCGCAGGGGUGUAGCACGAUGCAAAGUUAAUUGAUUUGUUAUACGAACGCUUAGUCAGUCCUUUCAGUUCAGCAGCUCAGUUUUGGAUUUAUGGCGAGGAUAUUAAUGAGAAGAAUGAGAGAGGCUCCGGAAACACUGGUAGUACAGAGACUGUUAACUUCCAAAGAUAGCAGCUUGAAGAACGGUGAAUUGAGUAUGUUGUAAAUUAUGCUUUCUUAUAUUUUUAUAUUUUUCUGUCACAUUUUGAGCACCAUUGAUGGGAUUUCUCAAUUUCUGAUUCUCUGUUUUUCCUCCAAAAUUUUAAUAAAUUUAAUAUUGAUGCGUUAUUUUAACACCUAA